AUGAGUGAUAUCUCGGACAUGGUUUCUCGAGAUCUUCGCUCAUAUUCAGUGGAUCUUAGUGAGUUUAAAAUUGGUGAUAGUAUUGGUGCAGGUGCUUUCGGAGAGGUUUUUUUGGCAACUCACAUUAACACGCAAAAGAAGCGUGCGAUUAAGAAAUUAUAUACGAAAGAACUUAAAGGACAAGAUUUGAAACUUUUUGUUCGUGAAGCGGAGAUAUUAGCUGUAUGCAAAAACAAAUUUUUAUUGCCAUUCUUUGGAUGCACUCUAAAAUAUCCAUUUUCGAUAAUCACAGAAUACAUACCAUGCGGUACUCUAUUCAAUGCAAUCAACCACAAAGAAGGUUCUCCAGAUUUAAGCGCAACAAAUAAAUCAAUCAUCGCUUAUGGCAUAGCAAGAGGAUUACAAUACCUACACGAACACAAUAUAAUACAUAGAGAUAUUAAAUCAAGAAAUAUUUUACUUCGCGACAACCUUUAUCCAGUUAUUUGCGAUUUUGGACUUUCAAGACGCGUAUAUGAAAUAGAACAGCCAAAUCCAAAUUCAACAAUGACAAGAGAUGUCGGAACACCACAUUACAUGUCACCCGAAUUAAUCUUUAACAGACCUUAUACGAAUAAAAUCGAUGUCUACGCAUAUGCCAUCAUUUUAUGGGAAAUGCUUAAAGAGACUACACCUUACAAAGGCAUGUCCGAUAUCCAAAUUGCUUACGCGGUCACUCAAAAGGACGAAAGACCAGAAUUUCCUAAAAUUAUACAACCAGGUUUGAAAUCUCUCAUUUCUAGAUGUUGGGAUAAAGACCCUGAUAAACGUCCGACAUUCAAAGAGAUCGUAAGGGAGUUUAAAGAUGGCAAAGUUUAUUAUCAUGGAACAGAACAAGAUGAAUUCAAGAAUUUCAUGCAUCACAAGGACCAUCCCUCUCGGCAUUUGUCAACACCGCAUAGUUCUGGUGGCAGAAGGCGCUCUGUCCCUAAGAUUACCCCUCCAUCUACUCCUCAUCAGAGGAAAUCAAAGUCAACGAUAUCAUCGAAGAGCUCAGAAUCAACGGAUUGGGUAUUAGUAUUGAAUCCGUCGGACCCUGAAUUCAUAAAUAACUACUUUAAAGCGAUCGAAACAAUAAAUGCGAUUACAGCUAAGGAAUUCUUCACAGUUAUACAAGAAAUCAUCGCUGUUAUUACAGAUGUCAACGUACAGAUCAGAAUUAUUCUACCAAUGAUAAGAGUUAUCUCUAAAGAUGUAAAUCUACUCAAAUCAAUGAUCGAAUCCGGUCUUUAUUUCUCACUUCCCUUGAAGAAUAAAAAUAUAAGAGAGGGAACUUUGAUGGUUUUCGUGAUUUCUAUGACCUUUUAUCCUUCAAUAAUGAACCAAGACUUCUUGAACUUGCUCAGACCGUACAUUUCGGAGAACUGCGACCAUAUAAUACGCUUGCUGAACCUGUAUUUCAAGCCAGGAGACCAUUUGAUCUAUAUGAAAGUUGUGGUCGAUUUCAUUCUCGAAAACUACAGGGAGUUCCUGAGAUUUUCCGGCUUGAACUACCUCAGAUUACUCAACUACGUGUUCUCCUCCAAUGAAACAGCUCUCGCAAACAGAUUUGGAGAAUUUUCCGAAAUUUUCCUCAAAACAAUUUCAAUUGGAACUGACGAAGAAGUUGUUGCUGAGAGUUACAAGUUCAUUAUCAACUAUUUUGACUCAAAAAUCGUAAUCAAACCUGAAAUUAUCGAAAAACACCUUUUGAACGAGGCCCUUGUUGAUCUUGUUGCUGCCUAUUUAAUUAGGAAGCCGCAGAUCGAUAUAACUGAAGGCAUAGUUUACAAAUUGAUUCAAGUUUUUCCAAAAUCAAAAUUGGCUUUUUACGAAUUACUUGAUUUGUUCUGCGACAGCCCAGAUAAAAUUGGUUCCGCACUUCUCAAGCACUCAAGGACAUGGAUGCCCAACACAGAAUCAACUUUUGAUUACAGAUUAGGAAUUAUUAUCAUGAUUGUCUCAACGAAAAACCUCAGACCUAAGAUUGCCAAGUCCUCAUCAUUCUGCAAACUUCUUUCGAGCAUUCUUGAUCAUAAUACUUCUGAAUUUAUCCCUACAAUUACAAAUAUUUUAAUUAAAAUGUUUGAUGAACCUAAAUUGUACAUCAAACUAUCUGAAACAGACUUCUUUAAGAAGUAUAUACAGGUUGUAUCAGCGUUCAAGCUUCCAGACCUCACAAAAGGAAUGAUUGGAUUAUUUGAAACGAUAUCUCGAAAAGUUUUCAUUGAAGACUUUUUGUUAUAUGUUCCUAAUCUUUUCGAAAUGCUCAAGGACGAGUCAGAGUACACUUUCCCGGCUCUUUCGGCUCUAACUGUGAUGAGUACAAAUGAAAAGGUCAAAGAGCUCCUGAAGACCUAUGAUUUCAAGCACGUACUUCAUAAAUUGAAGCAAGUAUCUAGUUACAAGAACUAUGUCGCCUCGCUUCAACAAUAUUUAUCAUGA